AUGGAAGGUCUCAGCGCCCUUCCCUUCACACCUGUGAACAACAACAUAGUAAUUAUGGGUAAUUCAUACGCGGGCCAGCUGAAGUCGGCGAGGUUUGAAGAGGCUCUGCACAACUCUAUUGAGGCCUCACUGAGAUCGAGCAGCGUGGACCCACAGCCCAUCUUCACUCAGCUUUACCUCGAGCCCGAGCCGUAUCCUGGAAACGUGGAGGACAUAAAACCCAAAACUGAGCUGAAUGGAGUAGAGACGGCAAACCAUGACAUGAACGGACACUCGUCAAACGAUAUGGAGGACAUGGAGGACGACAACGACUCAGACACCAGUAGCCCCCCACUGCCGUACCUCCAGGCCCCUCCCCCUGACGGCUGCUGCAGCCUGGACGGUUUCUGUCAAGCCGGUAAGGACCUGCGGCUAGUCUCCAUAGCAACAGAGCCGGUAGACGUCCCGGCGGGCUUCGAGCUGGUCGGUGCCAAGUCGCCCAGUGUCCCGGAGCACAUCCUGGUGUGUGCCGUGGACAGACGCUUCCUGCCUGAUGAGAACGGGAAAAAUGCACUUUUAGGUUUUUCAGGAAACUGCGUCGGCUGUGGAGAGAAGGGAUUCCGAUAUUUUACGGAGUUUUCAAACCACAUAAAUCUGAAGUUAUCUACGCAACCCAAAAAGCAGAAGCACUUAAAAUACUACCUGGUGAAGAACUCACAAGGUGCUCUGUCAAAAGGACCCCUCAUUUGCUGGAAAGAUAGUAAAACCCGUCAGUUCGCCAACAGUGCAUCCACGUCCAAACCCAGCUCCGCCUCCUCUCUGAGCAGUAAAGACCAUGGAGGCACCAGCGGACACAGCUCCUCCCCACAGUCUCUGUCAGAUUCUCCUCCAUCCAGACAAUCUCUGCCUCCGUCCUAUUACAGCAGCCAUGACCUGAGCCGAGAUACCAACUUUAUCAAACCACUCACAUCCACACCCGGCAACAAGACUCUGCCUAUAGUCCCCACCGCUUUAAGGGUCAAUGCUCCGACUAACGGCCUGGUAGAUAUCCACCCGCCUUUGCUCAGCCCGCCCCCCGUCUCCCUCCGGACUCAGGGGCCGGUGUACCGCUCCACAGACCUCGGGGAUAGUCCAGUGUCCUCUGCCAUGACCAGCGGACCCCCAAAGAAACGCCACCGCAGCUGGCACCCCUCACACCCCAGCGCCAUGGUCCCCCCCCCACCUACUGCUGUGCCUGUGCCAGCUAUUCGACCCAUAGCCUGCUCUCCAGUCUCUGUGAUGACGGUUUCGGUGCCUCAGCCUCCAGUUCCUGCCGUUAUUCAACCCCAGCCAGUCACUGCAGGAGAGACGGUCAUCGUCCCGGACAACCUGCUCAACUCUUCAGGAGUUCGCCCGGUCAUACUCAUUGGGCAUGGCACUUUACCUUAUUUCUAUGGAAAUGUGGGAGACAUAGUGGUGAGCCCCCUGCUGACCAGCUGCUAUAAGAGCAGCCAAUUAACUGAAAAGAGCCUGUUGAUCCUGGGCCUCAGCUGCAGCCAGCUCCUCAGCGUGGAGACCAUGAUCCUGCUCACGCUACAGUACUUGGCCCGUUUAGGUCCUAAUCAGAUCCCACUGAAAGAAGAACUGGAGCAGAUUGUGUUUAAGGCCAUGCUGUCCUGCUCUGGAGGCCCAACCAUCAUCCAGGCUCAGCUGCCCUGGCUCGCUCGGCUCGAGGCCAGUGUCUCCGGUGGCAGCGUACAGGUUGUGGUUACCCAUAAUUCCCUGGGAGAGGGCAUUUCCGAGUCUUUGCGGACUCUGAGCGAAGGUCCAGUCCACCAGUGCCUGCCCACCUACGUCGUCAUCGUGUGCGCUUCCAAAAUGAGUGGCAGCGAGUUCUGCGUGCUGGUUUUAGGGAAAUACCAAGCCCGAGCCUUAGCAGAAGGCAUGCUGACAACCAAUGAGUUUUUGAAGGAAAUCAGCUACGAGCUCAUCACAGGCAAAGUCAGUGUGCUGGCGUCUCACUUCAAGACAACGUCUCUUGGAGACAAUUUGGACAAGCAGCUGGUGCGAUACCAGCGGCGGCAGAAGGGGCAGGGCGUCCCGGCCUUUCAGGGCGAUGUGACUGACCACAUCCACUCACAGGAGGCAGCCAGCAUGUCGCCACUCUCCGACAGAGAGGAGGUUAUAAACAAGAUUUUCCAGAUCUAUCCAACACAACUGAGAGUGGCACGCAGCCUCUUAUCGCAAGUCUGCUCCAUCGCUGACUCAAGCACACAGAACCUUGACCUGGGAAGAUUUUGUAAAGUGGACUUUCUUAUUUUGGUUCCACCUUCUCAUAUCUUGGUUCAACAGACGGCACAGCGGAUUCGACAAUCAGGUGUGCUUGUAGACCUUGGAGUUGAAGAAAUUGCUCAAGCCAAUCAGAAAUCAGAGAAGUAUGUGGUACGCUUGGAUGGCGAUGUUCAUGCCAAAAUGGAGGCAUUCAUGAGAAAAGUCAAACAGAACCCGUACACGCUGUUUGUCCUCAUCCACGACAACUCCCACGUCGAUCUCACAAGUGCUCUGUCAGGCUCUGUGUGCCACGGGGAGCUGCAAGGGUUGGCUGACCGAGUGGUGAACUGUCCAGAGGUCCUCACAGCCAUGAACCUGCUCGUCCUGCAGGUCAGCUGUUUCCCAUACACUCUGCAGACGCACCAGUCCCGCAUCAGUGUCCAGAACGAAGUCCACUGGCCCUCCAACGAAAGUCUACAGGGGGAGCGGGCGCCAAAGGAUUUGCUUUACUUUGGUUUAAGUGACUACAGCAAAUCCCUGCAGUGGGGUGUGGCCAGUCCCAUUCUGCGCUGUGAUGAUGCAUUUGAGAAGAUGGUCCAUACCCUUCUUGAAAGAUACCCACACCUGCACAGUAUGGUGAUCCGCAGUUACCUGCUGAUUCAGCAGUACACUGAGGCCAUGAUGGCGCUCACCUCCUCCCCCUCUUUGCGUGACCACAUCACCCCCGAGACCUUGGCCAUGGUGGAGGACCUGAUCAAUGCCCCAAGCAGAGAAGGCUCCCAGGGCAGAGGGCACAUGCUGUUAGUGCGGGUGCCCUCUCUGCAGUUGGCUAUGCUGGCCCGUGAGCGGCUAGAGGAUGUCCGGGACAAACUGGGACUGUCUCUGUGCUUCGCUGUGUUGCUGGGGAGUCCUGCCUCCGAGCUCAGCCUUUCCAAAGUGUUCAACAAUCGCCUCAGGACUUGGAGAGAAUGUGAAAAUGAAGAGUGGGCCCCAAAAACCUAUGAGGAUCUUGAGGGACUACCUUGUAUUGUUAUUCUGACUGGCAAAGACCCACUUGGAGAAACAUUCCCCAGGUCAUUGAAAUAUUGUGAUCUUCGCUUGAUUGACUCAAGCUUCCUAACCCGUACAGCUUUGGAGCAGGAGGUUGGCUUGGCCUGUACCUAUGUCUCCUCAAGUAUAGUGCGAGACCCUAAAAAGGCCAUGGCCCCUGGGUUUGAUGGGGAGAAAGGCCCCACUCCAGACGGAGAUGAGUUGGAGCGACCUCAGAGCAAUGGCAGCGCAGCCACUAGAGCGUCUGGUUCCUUGGUAGAAAAUGGAGUCAGUUCUUCAGACAAUGCCGAAACUUUCCCAAAGCCCUCGACGUCACACUGCGCUGUAGACUGCGGCCCUUCGGACGUCCACACUCUGGAGAUUGGCUCUCAGACUGUGUUCAAACAGGAGUGCGAUUCUCCGGGGGGCCUUCUUCUGUCCAAGGAUGCCAAAACCCCUCCAUCCCUCUACUCCUCCUCUUCCUCCUCCUCCUCCUCACCCUCCUCUUCCUCUAAUCAAAAGCCCAGUCAGUCCACGCAAUGCGGACGGCCCCCCAAACCAUGUCGAGUGUUGCCGCGCACCGUCAUCAUGUCUAGAGCGGCGUACAACCUGCUGUCUGGUGAGGCUCUCAGCCAGCUCAGCUCCUUCUCUCUUCUGCCUCAUGCCGAUGUGACGUGGAGCAGUCCCCUCAGACCCCUCGUCACCCCAGACCUGCAGGGACCAGAGCAGAGCGUCUACUACAGACAGUGGACCACGACCAGGCAGCACCACGCAGACCAUGAAGCCCCGGCAGCACCCCAUCCCAGGCGCCUGCUGCUCAGUGGACCACCGCAGGUGGGUAAAACCGGGGCCUACCUGCAGUUUCUCCGGAUCCUGUUUAAGAUGCUCAUCAGACUGCUGGAGGUGGAUGUGUACGAUGAGAACGAAGUGAAGGAGGAGGAAGAUGUUGCUGUUACAAGUCCCGGGAACAGCAGGUGGCCAGACAUCGAAGACAUUCACAAGCUUUCCUUUGACUCUUUUCCACGUGAGUCUCAGUUUAAGAAUGCCAGUGCUGUAUAUUCAGAGAAGAUGCCCAAGAGCUUAACAAAUGGAGAACAAGAUGGAGAGAAUCCAGUUGAACGACAGACCACAUCCAUUCGCCUGAGUCCGUUCGCAGCUCACAAUGCGUUUCAUCACUGUGAACAGUGUCACCACUACUGUGAGGCCGGCCCCUCUGCUCAGCUGUCUGAGUGCAUUUUUCAUAGCUUCACCUUCAGCUCUUCCAUGUUGGGAGAGGAGGUCCAGCUUCAGUUUGUCAUUCCUAAAUCCAAGGAGCAGCACUUUGUCUUCAGCCAGCAGGGGAGCCACCUCGAAAGUAUGCGUCUGCCUCUCAUCUCCCGCAAGAACCCAGAGCUGUUGAAAAGUCCCAUAUUUACUCCAACCACGGGACGUCAGGAGCAUGGUCUGCUGAACCUGUUCCACGCAAUGGAGGGGACGAACCAUCUGCACAUUCUGGUGGUGAAGCAUUUUGAAAUGGCCUUGUACCGAAAGUAUUGGCCCAACCACAUCCUGCUCGUCCUGCCGGCUAUGUUCAACAACGCUGGAGUUGGUGCUGCACGCUUCAUGAUCAAAGAACUAUCGUACCACAACCUGGAGCUGGAGAGGAACCGGCAGGAGGAGCAAGGUGUGAAGAGGCAGGACGUGUGGCCUUUCAUCGUCAUGAUGGACGACUCGUGUGUGCUGUGGAACGUCCACCAUCCCCUGGACUCCAGUGCUGUGUCAGAUGGAGGUUCAGUGUUUACAUCAGUGUCUCUGAAGUCAGUCCUGCAGCACAUAGAGAACACCCCUAAGAUCUCACUGUAUGCUCUGUGUGGGACGCGGAAGUGGAGCAGCGCUCUGUGCCAGCGCGCUCCCAUCAGCCCCUUCAGCCGCAGCCACCUCCACAACCUCGUGAUGCUCAAUGUUGACCUGACUCAGAACGUGCAGUACGACCUCAACCGGUACACCUGUGAGGAGGUGGACUUUAAUCUGAGAGUGAACAGCAGUGGGCUGCUACUCUGUCGCUUCAACAACUUCAGCCUCAUGAAGAAACACAUUCCAGUUGGAGGGAACAAAGACUUCCUGGUCAAACCAAAACUUGUGAAGUUGGAAAACUUGACGGUCAUCAGCCCGUCUCAGUACGUGUGUGCCCCCGACAGUGAGCAGACGCUGUUGGACGCUCCGGCUCAGUUCCUCCUGGAGAAGUUCCUCCAGUGCUGCAGCCACAGACUUUUCCCUUUGGCCAUUCACAACAAGAACAACCCUGUUCUGUCCAUCGACAGCUACCUGAACAUUGGCCCUAAGAUUUCCGUAUGCUACAUAAACUCUCGUCCACACUCCACCAACCUGAACCACCAGGGCCUGGUCUUCAGCGGCCUGUUGCUGUACCUCACUGACUCCUUUGUCGUCUCCGGACUCCUCAAGAAAUUCCACUUUCUCAAAGGAGCCACGUUGUGUGUGAUCUGCCAGGACCGGAGCUCUCUGCGUCAGACCAUCGUUCGCCUGGAGCUGGAGGACGAGUGGCAGUUCAGGCUCCGUGACGAGUUUCAAACGGCAAACUGCAGCGAAGACCGACCCCUGUACUUUCUAACAGGACGCCACGUUUGA